AAAGUUGUUUCUGCGAUUGCAGCCGUAGAGUUACCCGUCGGCCAAUGGCCAGAUUUCAACACGUCUGAUGACACAAACUUGAAGAUCGCCACUUUGCAAGCUAUUGGUUACAUCUGUGAAACUAUAAAACCGGAAGUCUUGGCAUUGAGGUCGAAUGAGAUUUUGACGGCUGUAAUUCAUGGCGCUCACAAGGAGGAGCCAUCGUCGGAAGUACAGCUUGCUGCCGUCCAUGCGCUAUUCAAUUCCCUGGAGUUUGUACGGGACAAUUUCGACCGAGAAGGAGAGCGAAACUACAUCAUGCAGGUCAUCUGCGAAGCUACUCAGAAUCCGUCAGUAUCAGUGCAAGUCGGCGCUUUCAGACGUUUAGUGAAGAUUGUGGCACUGUACUACGACAAGACAGCAUUUUAUAUGGAACAGGCUUUGUUUGGCGUA